AUGAGUUUCACUUUAUCACCAUUUAUCCUUUUAGUUAAACUUCACUUUCGCGCUACUCGUGGACCACCUAAGCUUCUUUCAGCUUUAACUAAUCGCGAAUUGUCUUCUAUCAAUUGUGAUGCUUCUUUUGAGCUGCCAGCUACCUGUUCGGCACACACAAAUGAAUGUUUCACAGUUGGAGAGACCACUAUAACUUCAUCUUAUCGGAAAUCGAGCGGCACUAGGACCCACAGAUAUGAAUCGGACAAGUGCCCUGGUUAUCUUGAAACAAAUGACACCACAUCUAUUCCUCCUCGGGAUUCAGGCUCACCAAAAUUUCAACAGCGGCAACAGACACAACCACCCGUCGCCUCUGCUAGACAGGGAGGCGCCUCGUCGGCCUCAGCUUCUAACACCACCUCUUCUAAUUCUUCGCCGAUGCGCUAUUCCGCAUAUGUUCGUCAGGUUAUCCAAUUGCUCGACUUACAACCUGCCCUGCCACCACAAGCAAUGGAUUUGGCACUCAUCGCUCUUCGUCAAGAGUGGAUUAAUAAGGCCCGUCUGCUAUAUGCCUUCAAGCGAUGCCAAGGUCCGAAUUUGUCUGGUGCAGAUGCUAAACGGAAAUGGGACGGUUUGCUGGCCGCAAUCGGUUGCUCAGCUCCAGAGGACUCUGCUGUAGCCGUAUUUUGGCAAGGUGCACUCAGUCAGCAAUCACGCGCAAAUGUAUGUCACAUCCGUCGAGGUCGACCCGCCACUACAUCGGGCUCUACUGUGACCUCUUCUUCUUCGAAUUUGGCCAUCAAUUCAGCUCUAACCAAUCUGAGUGUAGCCAUUAAUGGCUCUCGAGGUGAUGCCGGGGGUUCUGGAAGUUGGGGGCAGAAUUCACGACGCAUUUCGACUAGUACUAGUAAUAAUCUCGAGUUUUCCAACGUCUUUUCCAUUCAGGCUCAACCGUCAACAGGCACAUUCGCUGCCUCUGCAAGUUUUUCUGAUUAA